UUUUUCUUUGCUUGUCUCUUCACAAAACUUAAUUUUCACAAUUAUGAAAUAUUUUCCCUUUUUAUUUUUUUACUCGAUCUCUUCCGUCGUUUGAUGCUCUUUCCCCAUGAAAGAAAGAGAGACAAAGAAAGAUCACCAGAUUAAAGAAUUAGGUUAUCUAUUUUUUUUUUUUUUUAAAGUUUCUCACAUGUAGAUCUCUGCUAGAUUCUCUUUCCUUUCUUGUCAGCUAAAGUGGAGUUUUUGGUCUGAAAAUCUUCCAAAUCUGUUGUAUUUCUUCUUCCUCUUCUCGAAACUAAGCAUGGUUUUGUCUCUCUCUUCUUUCUGUGUAAUAAUGUUUCUUGUGUUUCCCUUAUGUACUACUAACUUCAGUUUCAUGUGCAUCAGUGCCUUCUUCUUCCUCUUCAAUAUUAAUUUGAUUUAUUUUCUCUCUCCAUAUUUCCAAUCUAUUUCUUUAUGAAAAAUUCUUGAAUCUUUUGCCGUGAAAAGAAACUAAAGAAUGUGUGCAUACAUCAAAUUAAAGAUCAAUGAAUUUGUAAAACAUAUUACACAGGCAAAAGUAUUUACAUCUUCCAGAUCUAAGAUCAUUAUGUAUAUUUGUUGUUUUCCAUUUGACCCCAUGAAGCCUUAUAGAAAUUUAUUGAAGAGAGAGGGAGAGAGAGAGAUCGUACAAGGGAUGGGGCAAAAUAAUUUGUAUCUGGGUACCAAAAAACCAUGAUGGGAAGAGGAAAGAUAGAAAUAAAGAGGAUAGAGAAUUCAACAAAUCGACAAGUGACGUUUUGCAAAAGAAGAAAUGGACUUCUGAAGAAAGCCUAUGAGCUUUCGGUCCUUUGCGAUGCAGAAGUUGCGCUCAUUGUCUUCUCCACUCGUGGCCGUCUCUAUGAGUACGCCAAUAACAACAUAAGAUCAACCAUUGAGAGAUACAAGAAAGCUUGUUCUGAUAGCACCAACACCAGCACUGUCCAAGAAAUCAAUGCCGCGUACUAUCAACAAGAAUCUGCAAAGCUGAGACAACAGAUCCAAACAAUUCAAAACUCCAACAGGAAUCUGAUGGGAGAAUCUUUGAGUUCCCUAAGUGUCAAGGAACUAAAACAAGUUGAGAAUCGCCUUGAGAAAGCUAUCUCCAGGAUCAGGUCCAAGAAGCAUGAGUUGCUUCUAGUUGAAAUCGAAAACGCGCAGAAAAGGGAGAUUGAGCUUGAUAAUGAGAAUAUCUAUCUACGAACUAAGGUAGCAGAAGUGGAGAGGUAUCAACAACACCAUCAUCAAAUGGUUAGUGGUUCAGAGAUCACCGCCAUCGAAGCUUUAGCCUCACGCAAUUACUUUGCUCAUAGUAUUAUGACUGCUGGUUCUGGUUCUGGUAAUGGAGGUUCUUACUCUGACCCCGACAAGAAAAUCCUUCAUCUCGGUUAAUCUCGUGGGUGAAAAUCGAGCUGCAAUAACGGUUUAUAAAGCUCUGCAUCUGGGGAUUCUCUACUCAGAUUUAUCUCUACAUAAAAUAUGUUUUGGUUUAUGAUAAUAAUUCAAAGUACAAUGAAGGUAUUGAUCCUUCAAGACUCAUUGGAAAUUGUGUUGUGUAAUGAUGAAGACAUACUCUG